AUGGCACCUAAGACAAGGAGAGGUGUUCGUGACACAGACUCAGGAUCAGAUUCUGACAGUGGUUCUAGUGCAAGUCGCAGCAAAAGCCCUAGCCCAGCACCUUCUGGCAAAGAGGGCAGCCAGUCAAGGUCACCCUCAAGAAGCCCGGCAAAAUCAGGAAGUGAGUCUCCCAAAUCAAAUAGAUCAGGCGGAUCAAGAAAGUCUUCUAAUGCAUCCAAUGCUUCUCGAAGUAAAUCAAAUUCUCCCGCUGCAUCAAAUAGAUCUGGUUCAGCUCAAAGUAAUAAAUCAGGUUCCUCAAGCCCUAAAUCGCAAGCUUCUGGAAGCCCAAGGGCAUCAAAAUCUAGAUCUCGUUCUAGGAGCCCUUCUGGAAGUGGUAGGUCUCGUUCAGGUAGUCCCCGAUCGCGGUCAGGCAGUCCCAAAUCUGGUGCCCAAAGCCCAAAAUCCCGGUCGCUAAGCCCAAAAUCUAGAUCUCAGAGCCCAAAAUCUAGAUCACAGAGUCCUAAGUCGAGAUCACAAAGCCCUAAAUCUCGUUCUCAGUCACAUUCCCCAAAAUCCCAAAGGGCAAAAAGUAAAUCCCGAUCACGUAGUGGAAGCCCUAAUAAUAGGAAAUCAAGGUCAAGAUCUGGGAGUGCUUCUUCAAGAUCCAAAAGUCCAGUGGCGAGACAGGAUGUUGACAGUCGGUCAAAUUCACCCAAUCUGAUGAUUGAUGAUGAUCAAGCAAAGGAAAAGUCAAGAAGUAGAUCUAGAUCCGGUUCAAGACAGUCUAAAUCUAGAUCAAAGAGUAAAUCCAAGUCUAAAAGUCGAUCACGAUCACAUUCAAAAAGCUCAAAUGCAUCUGAUGCUGAAGGAGAUAAAAAAAAGCGAGCAGUUCUCUCUGAUUCAGAAAGUGAUGCAGAAUCCAAAGGGGCUUCUAAGCGUAAAAAAGGUUCUGACAGUGGCUCAGAUACAAGUGUCAAGCCUAAAAAGAAAUCUAAGAAACUUGUUGACUCAGAUGAUGAAAACCAAGAGAAGACUGAUACUGUGACAGCAGACGCGUUAUUCGGUGAUGCGUCUGACAUAAGCACAGAUAACGAAGGAGAUAAGCGGUCAGACCGGUCUCGCUCCAGGUCGCGCUCGCGCAGCCGCAGCCGCGCCCGCUCUGAUGAUGAGAGGCGCUCGGGGGAUGAGGGUAGAGGGAGUGGGGAUGAGGAGCCCAGAGAGAAACCAGAGGAAGAAGAGGAAGUGGAAAUACCAGAGACAAGAAUAGAUGUGGAUAUGCCAAAGAUAUGGACGGAGUUAGGCAAAGAGCUGCAUUUCGUCAAGCUACCUAAUUUCUUAUCAGUAGAGACGCGUCCCUAUGACCCAAGUACGUAUGAAGAUGAAAUUGAUGAGGAAGAAACAUUGGACGAAGAAGGUAGAGCAAGGUUGAAAUUAAAAGUAGAAAACACGAUACGUUGGCGAACAGUGUUCGAUAAGGAAGGCAAUGCGGUAAAAGAAUCCAACGCCCGUAUGGUGAAGUGGUCCGACGGCAGCAUGUCUCUGCAUCUAGGUUCUGAAAUAUUCGACGUGUAUAAACAGCCCUUGCAUGGCGACCACAAUCAUCUAUUCGUAAGGCAAGGCACAGGUCUCCAAGGCCAAGCGGUGUUCCGUACAAAACUCUCAUUCAGGCCGCAUUCCACGGACUCGUUCACUCAUCGUAAGAUGACACUGUCUGUAGCAGACAGGUCUACGAAGACGUCCGCGAUCAAGAUACUGUCUCAAGUUGGCAGUGAUCCUGAUGCUGAUAGAAAGUAUCAGCUCAAGAAAGAAGAAAUGGAGCUGCGUGCGGCGAUGCGGUCGCGCGCGAGCACGCGGCCCAAGCGGCGCGGCGGCGGCGGCGCGCGCGCGCGGCACGACGACUCCGAGGACGAGGGCGGCGUGUCGCUCGCCGCCAUCAAGAACAAGUACAAGCAGGGGCAGAAGGCCACAGCGGGUGCUGCGAUAUACUCGUCGGAGUCGGAGGGCUCGGACGUGGAGACGCGGCGCGCGCGGCGCCUGGACCGCGCCAAGGCGCUCAAGGACUCGGACUCGGACAGCGACGCGGGCGACGCGCGCGACGCGCAGCGCUCCUCUAGGUCUGGCUCGCCCUCGGGCUCCAACAGCGAA